AUGUCCCCAACUUCGCAUCUUCCUCUUUUCGGCGGACCUAGAGCCUGGUCCCAAGAUGACUGGGUCGCCUCCGACGAUAGAGUCCGCGGGGGAGCUUCCCAAUCCGAGCUGACCUGCUCCGCAUCUUCGCUCAUCGCCAAAUUCCACGGAACCCUCGACAUUAAGACCCUCGGCGGAGCUGGUUUUGCUUCACAGCGUACACGGGGUGACGACAGAAAGUGGGACCUUUCCAGAUACGACGGCAUCGAACUUGUCGUCGACAGCUCCGACGGCAAAAUGUACACUCUGACACUCAAAGAUGAGAUUUUGCCCAAGCGUCCGGACGGCCGGGAGCAGAGCACGAUUAGUUGGGAAUAUGAUUUCCGGGCGCAGGGUCAUCAGACGAUCUUCAUCAAGUGGAGUGAUUUCCGGGCGACCUAUCGUGGGCGGGAGAAGGGGGAUGCGGAGCCCUUGGAUUUGAAGAAUAUCAAGAGAUUCAGUAUUAUGAUUAGAAGCUUUUUCGGUGACCAGGAAGGGGCAUUUGCCCUGAAUCUCGUGUCUAUUGCCGCAUUGCGGACGGAGAGAUACCUCGAUGAGCCUGACGAUCAGUCUGUCGAUGAGGUCUUUUAUGAGAAAUCCAAAGAGGAGAGCGCGCAGUCCAGUGGGCCUGAAAGACGCCAAGGAUGGCUCGGCUGGUUGACAUCCUGCCUUCUGUAG